CCCGCCCGGGUGACGUGGCGGCUGCAGGGGCGUCCCGGAUGACGCAGUGGGCGGCAGUGUAUCGGUGUCUGCAGGUCUCCUCCCCCCACAGUCAGUCCGAGUACAUGGCGACUGCGGCAAACAACGAGCGACAAGAAGCAGCAGCGGGGCUAGAGGUAGCGCUGAGCGGGGAGCAGAGUCACUGGGGCCGCCGAUCACAUCUCCAUAUGAACCAGACAAGAGCUGUUUUCUGAGAAUAAGAUGGAUGGCAGCUUUGAUUGUGAUUGUGGUGAGCUGGAGCCACCUGAUCAUUAACAGAAGAACUGUUCUGUAAUUUAAGAUCUGCCACAAGUUCCUCUUCGGAUGCACUGUAUGCAAAAAAAAACAUCGGAAUAACAUUUUUAGUGCUUACCAGCACCGUAGAAUGCCGCUGCUCAGGACCAGUUCAACACUGAAUGUAUCUGCACUGUGAGGAGGAGGAUGAUGAUAAUAGAAGCCUUUUUCUUUCAUAUUUAUUCACGUUUUUGUUUAAUGUUAAUUUGUUUUUCACACUAGUGGUGGGUGCGUAGUAUGUCAUUUCAUUCCGUUUCACUUCCAUUGAGUGUUUUUGUCGAUGUUUGUGGGAAUGCUGCAUCUCUUGUGAACUAUGAAUUCUGUCAUUUAUAUACAGCCAAAGCUAAGCUUUAGUAUUGUUGCUUGUGGGUUACACCAGGCCUGGCAGGCUGACUUGCAAUGAAAAUUGGAACAAACCAUUCUAAAGAAGAGGUUUUCUUAGCUUUUUAUUUUUAUUAUUUUGUUUUUCUAUUUUGUUAUUUUUUCUGUUUGUUUGGUAUAUUAAACCUUUUCUUUAGAUACCAGCAGUGGUUUGUCAAAUACUUAGGAAAAGUGAAUUUCUGCAGGAAGGAAGUAAAGUAGCCAAUAUGGCAGAGAAGUUUGAAAGUCUUAUGAACAUUCAUGGAUUUGAUUUGGGCUCUCGAUAUAUGGACUUAAAACCCCUGGGCUAUGGUGGCAAUGGCUUAGUUUUUUCUGCUGUUGAUAAUGACUGUGAUAAGCGAGUGGCUGUGAAGAAAAUUGUCUUGACAGAUCCUCAGAGCGUCAAACAUGCUUUGCGGGAGAUCAAAAUUAUCCGGAGACUUGAUCAUGAAAACAUUGUAAAAGUUUUUGAGAUUCUCAGCCCUAAUGGACAAUACUUAACAGAUGAUGUGGGUUCACUAACUGAGCUGAACUCUGUUUACAUUGUUCAAGAGUAUAUGGAGACCGAUCUAGCCAAGCUUCUAGAGCAGGGCCCACUACGUGAGGAGCACGCCAGGCUUUUCAUGUACCAGCUGCUACGUGGGCUUAAAUAUAUCCACUCGGCCAAUGUGCUGCAUAGAGAUCUCAAGCCAGCAAACCUGUUCAUAAAUACCGAAGAUUUGGUAGUAAGGAUUGGAGAUUUUGGUCUUGCUCGUAUUAUGGAUCCCCAUUAUUCUCAUAAGGGACAUCUUUCUGAAGGCCUUGUCACAAAAUGGUACAGAUCUCCACGCCUUUUACUUUCACCCAACAAUUACACUAAAGCUAUUGAUAUGUGGGCAGCUGGGUGCAUCUUUGCUGAAAUGCUGACUGGAAAGACCCUUUUUGCAGGUGCACAUGAACUUGAGCAGAUGCAGCUGAUUCUAGAAUCGAUACCGGUUGUACAUGAAGAAGACAGGCAAGAACUCCUCACUGUAAUCCCAGUUUACAUUAAAAAUGAUAUGACUGAGCCACAUACGCCUUUAACACAGCUGCUUCCAGGCAUUAGCCCUGAAGCGCUAGAUUUCCUGGAACAAAUCCUGACUUUUAGUCCUAUGGAUAGACUAACGGCAGAAGAAGCUUUGUCUCACCCAUACAUGAGCAUCUAUUCCUUUCCAUUGGAUGAGCCAAUUUCCAGCCAUCCCUUUCACAUUGAAGAUGAGGUAGAUGAUAUAUUACUGAUGGAUGACCAAUACAGUCAUGCCUAUAAUUGGGAAAGAUAUCAUGACAGUCAGUAUUCCGACCACGAUUGGCCAGUACAUAAUAAUUUUGAAGCUGACGAGGUUCAGCGCGAUCCAAGGGCUCUUGUCUCUGAUGGAAGUGAUGAGGAAGAGGUUCAGGUAGACCCUCGCAAAUAUAUGGAUGGCGAUCGAGAAAAAUAUAUGGAAGAUCCAGCAUUUGAUCCAUACUUUUCUGUUGAGCCUUCCUGGCAAUAUCAAGAUCACCAUGAAAACAAAUAUUGUGAUCUGGAGUGUAGCCAUACUUGUAACUACAAAAUGAGGUCCUCAUCUUACUUAGAUAAUUUAGUUUGGAGAGAGAGUGAAGUCAAUCAUUAUUAUGAUCCAAAACUUAUUAUAGAUCUGUCUAACUGGAAGGAGCAAAGUAAGGAGAAAUCAGAUAAGAGAAGCAAAUCAAAAUGUGAAAGAAAUGGUCUGGUGAAAGCUCAGAUAGCUCUAAAAGAAGCAUCACAGCAACUAGUUGAGAAAGAAAGGGAGAAACACAGAGAAUUUGACUUUGAUUCAUUUAUAGCAGGUACUAUUCAACUUAGUUUGCCCGAAGAGUCUUCCAGUGUUGACAAACUCAACGACUUGAAUAGCUCUGUAACACACCUUGAAUUAAAAUCCAUAAUAUCAAAGUCUGUAAGCCUAGAAAAGCAGGAGAAAGGAAUGGCCAAUUUAGCACAGUUGGGUGCCAAAAACCAAAAUCCUUGGGACAGUCCAAUUAGUAGCAGUGAAGAAUGCUUCCUGAUAGAUCAGUUUUGUUGUGAAGUAAGGAAAGAUGAUCACGUUGAAAAAGAAAAUACUUAUACUGGUUACCUAGAUAAUUUAUUUAGUAAGAAAGAAGACACAGAAGAAUUGGAUCUUGAUCCAACAGAGGAUGAAAAGGUUGGGAGUAAAGACCAUGACGAGGGCUUAUUGAGUUUUAGUGGUGACCUCUUCCUUAAUAAGCAGCUGGAUUGCAUUGGUAUUCCCCAGUUUCAAAAUCCUGUCGGCUCACCUCUUAAAUCAAUACAAGCCACGUUGGCACCUUCUGCCAUGAAAUGCUCCCCUCAAAUCCCCCGCAAAUCCUACAGCAGCAUUCUGAAACAUUUAAACUAAAACACUCAGUAAUUUCUUUUCAUAUUCUUCAUCAAUUGUCUUGUGUGUGGUUUGUUUGUUUUUCGUUUUAGAUUUCACUUUUUUUCUUUUCUUUUUUUUUUACCCAACUUGUAUUUUAGUAUGUAUUUAACUUUUAGUUUUGUUUACCAUUGUUUUUACAAUCUAGAAUUACUUUCUACAUAUUUUAAACUGGCAUGACAUUUGCACACAAGAAAAAAACAAACAACUAAUUAAUGCAACAUAGGUGGAGACAGGAAAUAAUGCACUAAAUGAAGUAUAAAUCAAAUCAAUUGCUAUAUUUCUCAAUAUUAAAUGAUCUUGCCUUGAUAACACAGUGAGACAUUACAUUUUUUUAUUUUUUUUUGUAGUGAAACGGUUUAGUAUUUUUUAUUUUCUAAGCUAGUUCAUAUUGUGUAGCUUUAUUCAUAUCCAUUUCUUGAAACACAUGAUACCAGCAGCAACUGAAGAAUGCAGAUUUCGGUAUGCAUGUGUUAUCUACCUCAAGGUAACAACAGUUUGUGGCCAUUUAUUAGCCACUAGCAGUGCUAGCCAUCACGCACCUCUGUUAAGCCAGCAUUAUUGUAGUAACUAUCGUUAAAUUUAGAAAAUUGCAGAGAUAUUUAUAAAUGUUCUGAAUUGCAUCCUAUGUAGUGAAGUGUUUAAUAUGCAGUAUUUUAUUUAUUAUAUCAUAAGAGAUGUUAAGGUGUUUAAAAACAAAUCGACAUCUUGAACGGAUAAAAACGGUGGUGUAUAAUUUGUUUCUAGCUGUUGAACUACUCAGCAUGCCUUACCAUUUGAUAAGGCAUGCUGGGAAUUAUGGUUCUACAACUAGAAAGCCUCAGGAUGAGCUAGUAUGGUAUAAAACUUUGAUUUCUGGUUUACAUUUCUAUAUAUUUAACCUGCAUAUUAACAGGUUGCGUCUUCACUUUUGUUUUCCCAAAGAAUUUCUUCAUUUCAAGGAAAGUGCUCACUGUGUAUAGGAGUUUGUAAUUUCAAAGUGCUUGACAGAGCUCUAAAAUACCAUAGGAACUGCUUAAAUAUUAAAUACUUCUAGAAACGUCUUUAUUUUUUAUUGCAUUGCUAAGAACGGCAUGCAUGGAAUUAUGGUACAACAUUACUGUAAGUUAAGAUUUGUCUCUGUAAGAAUUAUUUUUCUCUCUGCUUUUACUGUAUGUUUUUACUGAAACUUAUUUUCAUUUGUUUUUUUUUGUUUGUUUUUUUGUUUUCUUACCAAACCUGCAUGAGAAGAAUAGCAUGUAGUAUCUCAAUUCUCUGGACACUUGUUUUGCCUCCGAAUUUUGCAUACUAUUUAUGUACUAUUGGUUCCCCUAUUUAAGAAAAAUAAAACAUGGCCAGCAAGAAA